AGGGUUGACAAAUCUUGAAAUCUGACACUAACCUCACUUUCUUGUUAAAUUAAUUAAACUGACACAUUUUAUUUCGAAUUUAUCCACACACAUUAAUUUAAAGGUAAAACUUGCUCAUUAGUGUUAUAGUUUUAUGCGAACUUUACAUCAUUCUUAAUGGUCAUCCAAAAUAAUUUCAAAGUUUUACUUAAAUUCUCUGUUUAUAACCUGACAAUUGCUUCGUAACCUCACUUUUUAGCUUUUAAAAAAAUGUAUUUCUAAAUUUUUUAUAACUCUAGUACUAUUUUUAUUUUAUUCUUAAAUUUGAACCUGCUUUCGUUUUUUGCUUUCGUAAUUUGUUUCUUGAUAAAAAGUAGGUAUGUGUUUGUGUGGGAUUGUCCUAUUUUUAGUUUCAAAAAAGUGGCUUACCUAAAUAGGUACAGUUGAAUAGCAAGAUGCCGUUUUUUAGAAGAAACUUAAGGAGAUGGAAUUAAAAGUGGUCCCUUUACAUCUCAACAAAAAAUAUCUGUCUGAGUGUUGCAAGCUCAUAAAUGAUGAAUGGAAACGUAGCGACACUGCCCGACUGAGGAGUUUGGAGUCAUCGUCUGAUACUUUACCCACCAGUUUAAUUUUAUUAAGAAAUGAAGAAAUUAUUGGCCAUUUGAAACUCUCUCCCAUUCCCAGUAUUAAAGAUGGUUGUUUUGUGGAAUCAGUUGUUAUAGAGAAAGGAUUGAGAGGCAAGGGUUUUGGAAGAUUAUUGAUGGAGAAGGCUGAAGAAUACUGCAAGAAUUUUUUACAACUAAAAACAAUUUAUUUAUCAACUAAAGGGCAAGAAGGAUUUUACAAUAAGUUGGGAUAUAUUGAAUGUCAACCUAUCUCUAUAUAUGGUAACUAUAUGCCCUUAACUAGCACCAUGAAUUUUAAACAUGAAAACAAAGCUAAGAAUUGGGAAGGAGCACCAAAACCCCCUCCUCUGCCAACAAACAGUUUUAAUAUAAAUGCAAAAACUUAUAUGAGGAAAGAAUUAUGAUUCAGUACAAAAGUUCGCAACUUGGCACACUGAUAACUAACUGAAUUUCUGACUCAACUGCCAUAUGAAAAGUGCAAAUAAUUGUAGAAAUGUUUUGUAGAUUGUGAUAAAAAAAUAUUUGAGUUGUAAAUUCAUUUUAAAAUCGAUUGUGUCAAUAAACACUUGAAUUACAUAAUUUUAUCACUCCCAUUUAGUUUUCAGUG